GCCUAUGCAAUGUACAUGUUGUUGUGCUUCACUUCAGGUCCUGUCUGGUUGUGCGCCUGUCUAAUUCUGAGCCUGCUUGCAUCAGCUGCAUCCACGACAGAUAAUAGUACCGAAGAGAUUGUGACAUCAUCAUCCACUCAACACCGCUCUACGUCCUCGAAGGCCACAACAACAGUCGUCACAAGCUCCUUAGUCCCCGUUACCCAGACAAGUAUGGGUAGUAUCACACCAAGCCCAAUGCCCGCCACAUCACCGCCUAUUAGCAGCACCACGGAACAUGCUAAAGCGACCAAUAACACGGAGAGGAGCACCACCAGUCCUGUCGCUGUUCCACUGCAGGGCAGCAGUACCGACUUCAGCACCGUCACCAGCAGCGACAGCAACAACAGUAGCAACACCAUCGGAAGUGGCACCGUCGCCACUGUCAUUACAAGCAGUGCUGGCAGUAAAGAUGAUCCCGACAACCCCAGCAGCACCAGCAGCAGCACCAGCAGCAGCAGCAGCGGCACCAGCAGCAGCAGCAGCAGCAGUAAUAGCACCCACACCUACAACACUAUUACUGACAAUAGCAGCAAAACCAGUGGAACUGACUCUCACAACGCCACCACCACACCACUGUUAGGUACAACACAAUCACCUGACUCUUCUCCACCCAGCACAAGUCCACUUGUAUACACAACACAACCACCUGAUAGACAAAACAACAGCGUCAUGCCAAUCGCACAUACAACACAACCACCUGAUACACAAGUGGAGAUCACCUCAACUGGUACAACAAAAUCCAGAAAAUCAACUGCCUCUAGUGGCAGCAUAGCUACAUCUUCAUUUUUGGUGACAUCUUUUCCACCAUCAACAACUAAUGCUUGGCACAGCACCCACCGUUCCACUCCACUACGGACUUCAACACCACAGACUGAGGCAAAUACUGCGGGUACCACGUCAGCGCAGCAAGCGGUUACUCCCUCGCCAGUUGCAAAUAGCUCAUCAUUUCACUCCAGCACCGCUACCAUCACUACUGCGCAUGAUGAUGUCAUCACAUCUGACAGUGACGUCAUUACCACCACCAAUGACACAACCACGAACUACAGUGAUGUCAUCACGUCUAAUGUGACGUCACUCUACACCGACAAUGUCACUACCACAGUGCAGGUUGAUUCGACCGAUUCUGGCGCCGGACCAAGCAGGGGCAGUGGAGUUUCAGCCGGCACCGUGGCCAUCAUCAUCAUUGUCUUUGUUAUCGCCAUGGUGACGGGAACGGUCAUGACGUGUGUGUAUCGCAGCCGCAGGACAUACGUUGCGCCUCGCGUUUCCUGCAUGCGUCAUCAAAACAGCCUAUCGGCGCGGCUGAGCGCCAGCUUUCUGUGGAACGGCGGAGGUGGCGGCGGUGGUAGCGGUGCAAACGGUCAGACGGCUGAUGGCGUCGAUAUGCAGUACACAGUGCGCAAGAACUCGCUCAGAAAGAUACGGGUGCCGUCACGAGUGCCACGCAAGACCUCGUCCUCGCCGUCGUGCACACUUGCCACUCAGAGCCGAGCGGCCGGCGGUGGUGGCGGAAGCAGCCUCCGCAACUCAGUGAGUCUCGGCAGCCGUCAUAACCAGCGCCAACAGUCUGCCCUGAGCGUCGUUAACCCGUGCUUCGAGGAUCCCGUGGCGCCGCAGCAGUAUCGCGACUGCGACUAUGCGGAAAGUCUGGCCGAUCCCUCAGUGUUCCACGGCGCAGUCAGCUCAUCUCUGCCCGGAAUGCUCGGCGAUAUGCCCCUGGAGAUGAUUGGCUCCCAGGUCAUCAACAUGGAAUACGCUGACCAACCACCAACCAAAUGCAGUCAAGCAGAGGCUGACACCAACGUCGACGCUGACACGACAGUCAGCGUUAGCCAAUCUCUACAGCAUAAAGGGCUGAGUGCUUCGGCAAUCGAGAUCACAGGCCAUGAGAAGACUGUGGUGAGGUCUGCACGAGACGCAAGCGUAGAGGAGAACAAGGAUACAGCCACCAAGGACAAGCAACCAUGAUUAUGUUUCCCCAUGUUUAGGCUUUUCUCCCAAUAUGGUGCCCCUGCCAUUCGGAGAUGCCGAGACCUCUGGUCCGGCGAUAGAGCAUGGCAGGACCCACCAGCACUCUCUCACCCCAUGCUAGCCCCAUGUGCCUGCCAGUGAGUUGUGUAUCUUGUCACGAAAAAUUGCAUGAGUAUGCUCAUUGAGAAAAGCACCUAAUUGAACAUCAUUGCUUCGCACCUCGGGUCAUCUCCGCCAUGCUUCACCAUUUGACAAUCAGACAUUCUCCUUUAAACUUUAUAGUGUAAUUGCACUGCAGCCUUGUCAUGAAAAUAGCAAAUUCCAUUUCACACAGCUGACAUAAAUCUUUGGUUACACAAAAAUUCAAUAUUUCCCCGCCAUAUUUUGCCGGCUUGAGACAUUUUCCCUCCCACCCCCUCACCCCGAAAUUUUGGAAAGGUUGAAGACAUCUUUUGCAGCUGUGUGGGUUAUGACUUGCCGCAAUGACCAAGGAUUGACCUUGCUCUGUGAUUUGCAUUUUUUUUUACUUCAUCUUCCCAUUGCUGGGAAAAAGGCAAAAUGAUGUUACUGUGGGAGAGGGCGACAGCCAGUCAUGCCAGAUUAUACAGUCAGACCUCGCUUAUCCGGUCCUCGUUUAUCCGGAUCCCUCGCCAUCCGGAAGAAAAAAGCUGGUUACAUAUUUACAGCAUACGUGAUGCAUCCAACAUAAACGGUGUUCGGUUAUCCGGUUCCCUCGCCUAUCCGGAUAUUUUUUGGGAAAACGGAUGUGUGCGAUUAAGCGAGGUCUG